AUGACGUUCCAGCCCAACGACCCCGGAAUGAGCGACCUGUUCACCGUCCGCACCCUGCUGCCGGACCCGCUGCCGGCGGAGCCCUUCGCGAUGCUGAACGCCUGGAUGAGCGAGGCCCGGGCCGAGGCCCGCCAGCCGAACACCAACGCGAUGACCCUGUGCACGAUCGACGCCGACGGCACGCCCAGCGCCCGCGUCGUGCUCUGCCGGGGCGUGGACGAGGGGCGCGGGGUGCUCACGUUCUACACCAACCGCACGAGCCGCAAGGGCCGGGCGAUGGCGUCGAACCCGCGCGUCGCGCUGGUCUUCCACUGGGACCACUUCGACCGCCAGAUUCGCGUCGAGGGGCGCGUCGUCGAGGCGUCCGACGCGACGUCCGACGCGUACUUCGAAUCGCGCAGCUUCGCGAAACGCCUCGGCGCGUGGUCGAGCGACCAGUCGGCGCCGAUCGAGUCGCGGAGCGAGCUCAUCGGCAAGAUCGAGAAGGUGUGCGAGCGCUUCGGCGUCGACCCGAAGAACCCGCCGAGCGAGGAGGCGAGCCGGGGCGUGAUCCCCCGCCCGCCGCACUGGGGCGGGUACCACGUCUUCGCGCAGGCGGUGGAGAUCUGGGCGGGCGAGGGCGGCCGCAUCCACGACCGCGCGGUGUGGCGACGGAGCCUCACGCCGAAGCAGAACGCGGAUCCGAUGCAGGCGUUCGACGCCGGCGCGUGGAGCGCGACGCGGCUCCAGCCAUAA